GGAAAGUGCUUGGUGCGACCAAAUAUUCCCGUUCCUCGGGCCUUGACUAUUGAGCCAUAUAUUCGCAUUCGCGCGUUUCCUUCGGCUCUUGCUUCCGUGACUUGAGAAAAGAGAAUUAGGGUCACGAGGGUUUCAUCCUGCGGCAUCAGACAUGGGAGGAGGCAAUGGGCAAAAGGCAAAGAUGGCUCGCGAGAAGAACAUCGAGAAGCAGAAGGCCGCCUCAAAGGGAAGCCAGCUGGAUUCAAACAAGAAAGCAAUGUCGAUCCAGUGCAAGGUGUGCAUGCAAACAUUUAUGUGCACCACAUCGGAAGUGAAGUGUAGGGAGCAUGCUGAAGCCAAACACCCUAAAUCUGAUGUUUAUGCUUGUUUUCCUCAUCUCAAAAAGUGAACAUAUUGGAGAGUGCAAAUGGAGAAAAACUUUAUAUCAUCAUGGCCUCUUCCUUAAACCUAUUGACAGAGAUCUUCCCCAUUUUCUAUCUAUAUAAAAUGUGUUUUUCUGUGUUUGUGCCUUGGGAAUUUAGGAGGGACAAGGAGAGGAAGACUAUUUUAUUAUGAUUUCCCUUGAUGACAGGACAAGAAACUGUGUGAUGCUUGUCAAGGUGUAACUGUUUAAUGAUGGUUCGUGUUAAUAUUAAAGUGUUACAGAAACUUAAAUUCUAGUCUUAUCA